AUGUCAAACCCCAAGAUAGCAAUCAUAGGAGCAGGACCUGCAGGAUGUCUACUAGCCCGCCUCUUACACCUAGCCAAGAUCGAAACAACCGUCUUCGAGAGCGAGGCCUCGCCAAACUUUCGAUCGCAGGGCGGGAGUCUGGAUCUACACACAGACACCGGGCUGGCCGCGCUCAAAGAAGCAGGCCUCUUUGACGAGUUCCUCAAGCACGCGCGGUACGACGGCCAGUACAUGGCCAUCGUCGACAAGAACAACAAGCCGUGGUUCGUCAACUCCGCGACGGGGCUCGGCAGCUCGCUACAGGAGCGUCCGGAGAUUGACCGGCCCAAGUUGCGUGAGAUUCUUGCCGAGACUCUUCCGCCGGGUAUGAUUAAAUGGGGUCACCGACUCAAGGAAGUCAGAGAAGACGGCAGUCUUGUGUUUGAACAUACUAGUAUUGGUGGUUUCGAUCUGGUUGUAGGCGCAGACGGCGCGUGGAGCAAGGUCCGCAGGCUUCUGGCGCCGGAUAUUAAGCCCUUAUGGACGGGGAUCAAGUUAUACGGCAUGAGCAUCCCGAACGCGGCCGAGACGGCUCCUCAAGUCUACAAGCUCGCCAAUAGAGGUAGCGUCUUUGCCAACAGCGACGGCAAGCGUCUCUCGAUUCAACAGAUGGGCGAUGGCAGCCUGAGCAUAUAUGCGUCGAGCACUGGCGGCGGCGGGGAGGACUGGGCGUCUCCCGAGGUCUGCGGGUAUGAUCCGCACGACCUCGAGGCAGUCAAGAAGGCGCUUCUGGUUUUAUAUCAGGACUGGGCUCCGGAGCUCACCGAGGCGAUCACCAAGGCUGCGGGGGAGUGCACUCCUAGGUCGCUUUACAUGCUCCCCGUGGGCUUCACCUGGCCGCACCGGCGCGGCGUGACAGGAGUUAAUGUUGCGCUUGAGGAUGCGAUGAAGCUGGCCAAAGCCGUCAUCAGCGCCGUUGCCGAGAGCAGUGAUGCAAGUGCAGAUGCACCCGAAUAUCUAGAUAAGAGGAUCGAGGCGUUUGAGAAGGACAUGUUCCCCCGGAUGGAAAAGGUGCAGCGACUGACGGACGAACUCAUGCACGACUUCAUGUUCACUGCGGGUUCACCGCGGACGACUAUCGCGAGGUCGAUAGCGAGGCAUGUCAAGUUCGAGACGCCGUGGGUGUUGCAUCCGUUGGCGAGUGCCAUGGUACACUCGUUCUUUUUCAUGCGAAGGAUGCUGGCGUCUUAG